UUCUUUGGAAUCGAGAGGUGGCGAUCUUCAAGAACACUGAAAUCUUUGCUUCUUCUUCUUCUCGUUCGCGUAAACGAUCUCUGGAUCUUCGAUUCGAGCAUCCGAGGAGCAGCGGAGGGCGAAUCCUGACGGGUUCGCACUUGAAGGGAUACUUGGUGAUGUCGUAUGGACAUAGGAGAAGUAAUGCUCUUGAAAAGAUUGCAUAUGGGAGAACUCGUUCAGUCUUCAGGAGAUCAUUAGAUCGAUCUGAUAGGGGAAUCUUUGCGAAACCACAUGAACCUGACUCAGGGAAUCUUGAAUUGAGGUUGCAUCCGUUCGCUUUCGUCCUUGUUGAUUCUGAAGCAUUGAGGAAUGGAACAAACUACUCUUUUAUUUUAGCAGACACUACAGAUGAUGGGAAACUUGUUGAAUCUGGAUCGCCUUCUAAUAUGGUUGGUCAUGAUACAUCAUCUCGGAGGCUUUACAUGAUUAACCUAAAUACAGACUGCCCAAGGUCAAGUUCAUCUGAUAUUCAUGGUGAGGCAAGUAGUUCAGUGCAAUGCAAGAAGAAUCUAUCAAGUACAUUGGGUAACUCUUCCGUUGCUUACACAAAUAUAGAUAGUUCAGAUUUCUUGGUCGAUCUCUUUCCAAAGGUGGAGAAUAAAGGCAAAAGAAAAUCUAGAAAGAAAGGAAAAAAGAAAGGGAAGCAACAUAAACGAGUCAGUUCUAGAAAGGAUUCCAACGAGGCAGAUGCUCAGUGCAAUGCAAAGAUUAAUAGCACCAGUUCACUUUGCUCUUCAGACAAACAUCUCUCAGAUAAUAAUUCGUCGGAUGAGGUAGCAUCGGUUAGUUUGUUGGACAAGGAUGACAGUACGAAUACUAAUGAGUUUUUAGACUGUCAAAAUUCAUGCUUCUCAACAUCAUUCAGUGAUGAUAUCGAUGAUUUCAAAACGGCACUUUCAUCUGAAAGAUUUUCUGGUGAUGAGUUACCCUCUGACACUAUCAAUUCUGGAAGUAUUAACAAUGCUGCAGCUGUUUCAUUUGCUUUGGAUGGGAGCAGUAGAGGAGAGGAUUUUAAAGAAAACAAUAAUCAUGAUGAUAAUUCCUCGAGCAUUCCGAAGGAUAAAACUUCUCGACAGUGGGACAGUGACAUCAGUGAGAACACUAGUGAUGAUAUCGUAAUGCAGUUACCGGUCAAGGAUGAAACUGGAUUGAGUUUUUCAGAAAUAUCAAAGGAUUGUCAUAGCAAUAUCACAUAUCUGUCAAAUGCUGCCGCCCUUGAUGCUUGUAGCAGCACUGAAAGAGCUGAUUGCAUCAAGCAGGAUGACCUCAGUAAUGGCUUCCAUGUAGUCGUUUCUGGAAGGCGAAGAAGAAGGGCUAGGAAACGGAUGGGUAAUGGAGCUUUAAAUGGAGCAAAUGCAUUGGUUAAUGCAAAUAUACAUAGUAAUGCUGCUAAAGAUGACCAGUUUUCCACUUGUCCAAUGGUCGAAAAGUUUGGAGAGGAAUGUUCAAAACCUAAUAGCAUCCCAGUUACAACUCCUCAAAGUGAGCUUUCAUCAAAGGACAACAAGAUGGAAUCACAAAACAAUAAACCUGUUGUGCCGAAGAAAAACCUAAGCAGAAUAACCUCUUAUUCAGAAGCAAAUUCUAAGAAGGCUGGUCAAACUCUCCCUAAAUCUAUAGUUGGGAACUCUGUCAAUGGUGUUAAGUGCAAACCUAACUCAAUUGCUAAAAAUGCAAAGCAUAAUGAGGGGGGCAUUACUCACAAUGCUAAAACAAGCGUGCCAAAUGGUGCAAAAGAUGAUAUUCGGCAAAGAGAAGGUUUCCAGAACUCACUGUGCGAUCAGUUUAAUAGCCAAACUAAAACUGAAGCAAAACUGCCUGGCGAUAAGUUGUCUGGAAGAGGUAUUUCUAAACUGACUGACCAUUGUCUGCCCGAAUCUGAGAAGAAAACACCUGUUCUUAUGGAGGGGGGAAUUUGCCCUAGUGAAGUUAGCUAUAUUCUAACCACAUCGAAGAUCGAACCUAUUUCUACCCAAAUGAACUCUGAGUGCACACUAGGCUCCAUUGUAAGGAGUGAAGGUCGACAAUUCAGAAAACUGUUUUUUGGAAGUUACAGAGAAUUAAGCAAUUUAAACAGCAUCAUUAGUUCUCCAAUACAAAAGAGUAUCCCAUUUAGGAAGAGCAGUUUGACAGAUAUUGACAAGAUAAUGUUAGCUAUAAAUGAUGCUUCCCAACAGCAAAGAGUAGUUGAAUAUGCUCAGUUGAUGAUUGGCUGUCCGAUUGCUGAUUUUGAGAAAUUGCUUUUUAUGGCCUCUCCGAUUAUUAGACAAACAAGAAGUCAUAAUAUCUACUUGAAGAACAUUUGGCAAUGGUACGAAGAACCUGGUUGCUUCGGGUUGGAAGUGAAGGCACAUGAAUUUCGCAAGUCAAGAAGACUGCCUGAUGGAAAUUUGGAAUUCACUGCCUAUUUCGUGCCAUCUCUAUCUGCUGUGCAACUAUUUGGAAUGUCUGGAACUAGCAGAAACGGCGAUCUGAAUCGUCAGGUGGAUAACACUAGUGCAGAUGUAUGCUUGUUGAAAUUUUCUUCUGGAGAGGAAGAUUUAUCUGAUCAAAACACUGAUAUCCAUCAGGCAGAGCUUUUUUUUGAAUACUUUGAAUCUGAACUACCUCCUUGGCGCCAACCGUUAUUUAACAAGAUCAGAGAACUAACAGCUGGCGAUACAUUGUCUGGUGGUUGCAUGUUUGGAAAUCCAUCAGUUCUGGAAUCUACUGAACUACAACAUCUUCAUCCUGCUUCUUGGUAUUGUGUUGCAUGGUACCCCAUAUAUCGUAUACCUAUUGGUAGUCUUCGUGCCGCCUUCCUCACUUAUCAUUCUCUGGGAAAUUUCAUUAGUCCUAGUAAUCCAGCAUAUGCUCCAGGUUCUUGUGAUGCUCUAGUUUCUCCAGUUGUAGGUUUGCAGACAUACAAUGAUAAGCGCGAGAAUUGGUUUAAACCGACGGAUAAGGGUUCAAAUGUCCUCCGUACUGGUACUAGUUCCUCCGAGUUAGUGAAAGAGAGGUUGAGGACGCUGAGGCAAACAGCUGCUGCAAUGUCAUGUGCUGUAGUUUCAAAGGGUGACUGCAAGUCUGCAAACAAACACCCAGAUUAUAAAUUCUUCAUGUCGCGGAGUGGGUAGAGGGCUGAGAUAGCUUCCUUUUCUUUUCUUUUUUUUCCAGUACUUCAACAUUCUCUGAAACUCAAACUGGCACCCAUUCUCUGAAACAUUUAUGCUUAAUAUCCUAGUUCGAACAAACUAUCUUUGGC